AGGUUGGAUGCUUCCAGCCUGUUUGGUUUGGUGGCUAACAGCACUGAGGGGGGUUACAUACGCAGGUGUUGUCUUGAUGUCAACAGGUAACAAGGACUUCAAUCAAUCUCCCGCUAUCCCAUUUCAUGCCGUUUUCCAGGCAGGACUAAUGCUGAACCUUUGACAGCAGUGCCUGGGUCACCAGAGAUAGGAGGACUACCAUGCUUCCCUGCUGUGUGGUCAGGACGUGCCAUGUGCUGGUGCUGGUGCUGUGUCUGUCUGCAGCUGAGGACUUCGACUGGACAAAGAACGACCGCGGCUCCUUCUAUUAUGGGACUUUUCCAGCUGGAUUUUCGUGGGGUGCCGGCAGUUCAGCCUAUCAAACAGAAGGAGCCUGGGACCAAGACGGUAAAGGACUGAGUAUCUGGGACGUGUUCUCUCACAGGAAGGGAAAGAUACUGCAGAACGACACCGGAGACUCUUCCUGCCAGGGAUACUACAAAAUCAAGGAGGACAUCUCCCUAAUGAAAGAGCUGAAGCUGGACCACUAUCGCUUCUCCAUCUCCUGGCCUCGUAUCAUGCCUACUGGGAUCAAAUCCGACCAUGUGAAUGAGAAAGGCAUAAAGUACUACGAUGAGUUGAUUGACAACCUGUUGGAGAACAAGAUCACUCCCAUCGCUACUCUGUACCACUGGGAUCUACCUCAGGUCCUCCAGGAGAAGUACGGAGGAUGGCAGAACAUCAGCAUGGUCAACUACUUCAAUGAGUUUGCCAACCUGUGUUUUGAGAGGUUCGGAAACAGAGUGAAGUACUGGAUCACCUUGAACAACCCAUGGUCGGUGGCAGUGGAGGGCUAUGAGACAGGUGAGCACGCUCCUGGACUGAAGCUGAGAGGAACAGGGGCCUACCGGGCCGCGCAUCACAUGAUCAAGGCCCAUGCUAAAGUCUGGCACACCUACGACACCAAGUGGAGAGAGAAACAGAAAGGCCUGGUGGGCAUCUCUCUGUCUGGAGAUUGGGGCGAACCGGUAGACAUCAGUAACCGGAAGGACAUCGAGGCAGCAGAGCGAUACGUCCAAUUCUACAUUGGCUGGUUCGCCACUCCCAUCUUCCACGGGGACUAUCCACAAGUCAUGAAGGACUUUAUUGGUCGUAAGAGCGCCCAGCAGGGUCUGGGUACGUCCCGCCUCCCCACCUUCUCUUCCCAGGAGAAGAGCUACAUUAAGGGUACCUGUGACUUCCUGGGUAUCGGUCACUUCACCACGCGCUACAUUACCCAGAAGAACUACCAGUCGGGACACGGCAGCAGCAGCUACUUCACUGAUAGAGACCUAGCUGAACUGGUGGACCCCCGCUGGCCUGAUCCUGGAUCAGAGUGGCUCUACUCUGUCCCCUGGGGGUUCAGACGCCUGCUCAACUUCGUCAAGGCCCAGUACCGAAACCCGAUGAUCUACGUGACAGAGAACGGGGUGUCAGAGAAGAUCAUAUGUACUGAGCUCUGUGAUAACUGGAGAAUACAGUACUACAAGGACUAUACCAACGAGAUGCUGAAAGCCAUCAAAGACGGAGUGAACGUGCGCGGCUACACCGCCUGGUCUCUGCUGGACAAGUUUGAGUGGGACGAGGGCUACUCCGAGAGGUUCGGCCUGUACUACGUAGACUUCAGGAACCAGAAUAAACCACGUUACCCAAAAGCCUCGGUUCAGUACUACAAACGUAUCAUCAGCUCCAACGGAUUCCCCAACCAGAGAGAGGUAGAGAAUUGGAAGAGGAAGGCCACAGAGACCUGCUCUUCCAGUAACCAGCUCCUGGCUGCAGAGGAACAACGGAGUACUGCUGCCAAUAUACUAAGACUUAUACAUGACCCCCUGACCAGCCAUAUGGAGAUGGUCACAGAGGUGGUGGUCCCCACUGUGUGUACCCUGUGUAUCCUCCUCUCUGCGGUCUUCCUCAUGUUCCUGCUGCGGAGACACAACUAGAUAUACUACUACACAACUAGAUAUACUACUACUACUACACAACUAGAUAUACUACUACUACACUACUAGAUAUACUACUACUACACUACUAGAUAUACUGCUACUAGAUAUACUACUACUACACUACUAGAUAUACUACUACUACACAACUAGAUAUACUACUACUACACAACUAGAUAUACUACUACUACACAACUAGAUAUACUACUACUACACAACUAGAUAUACUACUACUACACAACUAGAUAUACUACUACUACUACACAACUAGAUAUACUACUACUACUACACAACUAGAUAUACUACUACUACUACACAACUAGAUAUACUACUAGAUAUACUACUACUACACAACUAGAUAUACUACUACUACACAACUAGAUAUACUACUACACUACAACUAGAUAUACUACUACACUACUAGAUAUACUACUACACAACUAGAUAUACUACUACUACACAACUAGAUAUAAUACUACUACCACACAACUAGAUAUAAUACUACUACCACACAACUAGAUAUACUACUACACUACUAGAUAUACUACUAGAUAUACUACCACUACUAGAUAUACUACUAGAUAUACUACCACUACUAGAUAUACUACUACUACACAACUAGAUGUAUUACUAUUCACAACUAGUACUACUAUUAUUACUACUACUACACAACUAGAUAUACUACCACUACUAGAUAUACUACUACACAACUAGAUGUACUACUAUUCACAACUAGUACUACUAUUAUUACUACUACUACACACAACUAGAUAUACUACUACACUACUACUACUACUACUACACUACACUACUACUACUACUACUACUACUCACAACUAGUAUUACUAUUAUAGCAAUUCCAACUUCUCAACCAGGUUAAUGAAAAAAAUUAAAGUUUGAUGUGAAGUUAAGUCGUUUGCUUUAUCCAUAAUAUUUAGCUUAUUGUACAGACCAUUCCAUCAACUGAUUCAGUUGAGACUUCCAAGGUAAUGCGCGUUGACACGUUCACACACAGCGAGGACAUAAGAGUAGCGACAUGGAUGAUGGGAUAUUUUCAUUUAGAAAAACUUCAAAAAUUGUGUUGUUUAAAAAAAUAAAAUUAAAAAAAUAAACAUAUUUUCAUAUGGUCUGUAGUGA